AGAAAGCAUUCUGCCAGCCUAGCGCCUCCAAAUCGCAAUCACUUCCUAACCUCCCCUUUUUAACAUAUUUGAUCAGUCUGAUUCUCCGUUCUCUUGUCUUAUUAUUUCGGCUGCGAGCAAAGGAGGCUUUGUAGGCUGGUACUCUUCCAUUUUUUGUGUUUUUUUAUCGCUGCCGCCGCUCGCCCGGAGAGUUGACUUCAUAUUUGACUCGAGCACACGGUUUGUUUCUGCGCUGCGCGGCGACAAAAGCUCUACCUCAUUCUGAAGAGAUAAGGAGAAGAAGCGGCGAUAUUCAGGGCAGUUGUUGUUUUUUUCCCUCAGUACUUCAAGACUGGAACUUGGUGUGUCGCUCGCCAGUUUCUGUAAUCUAGACGAGCUGCUCAAUUUUCAGCGAGUCUGAACGUCGCUAAGUUAAACCGGCACCGUAUUUGCAGAUCUGUCAGUUUGGUCGUCGUAUUUCUUUUUCUUUUCCUAUUUCUUCAUUUUAUUCUUUUUUUCUUUGACGCUUUUCCUGGAUGGAUGACUGCAGGCUUCCCUGGACGUGGCCUCUAGGAGCAGGACUGCGAUUCGGCUCGUCUCCGCGUCAGUUCUAACCACUACCGAGUAAAGCCUUUCCCUAAAGCAGGCUAUACGCUCCGUCCCCGGUGCGCGACUUUCAGAAGGAUAAUCAAGACUGCACACCCUAUUUGUUGACCCGAUCGUAAACCUGAUCGUGAACUGCUCUGGGUUGCUUUCGAGCCACCGCGACACCUUAAGAAAAAAAGAACAAUAAAGUUUUAUUUAUUAACGCUGACUGAUCAGAUAUGGCAAUGGUAGUGUGGAGAGGUUCACAGGACGAUGUGGCCGAGACGCAGGGUGCCCUCUCAUCGCAAGCGCAAGGCGGACUAACCCUUGCGACCUCUCAGCCGGGCCAGCUGAACCUCGCGGCCUCGCAGGUCGCACCUCCGACCCCGCAGACUCCGGUUCAAGGGGCGCCCAACAGCAACGCGCAGUCCACGCCGACCAACCAGACGUCGCAGAGCCAGUCGGACAAGCAGCAGCAGCAGCACAUCGAGUGCGUGGUGUGCGGAGACAAGUCCAGCGGCAAGCACUACGGCCAGUUCACGUGCGAGGGCUGCAAAAGCUUCUUCAAGCGCAGCGUGCGCCGCAAUCUCACCUACACGUGCCGCGCCAACCGGAAUUGUCCCAUCGACCAGCACCACCGCAAUCAGUGUCAGUACUGUCGCCUCAAAAAAUGCCUCAAAGUUGGCAUGAGACGGGAAGUUUCCCUUUCUGCAGCAGUCCAGAGAGGCAGGAUGCCGCCAACACAGCCUCACCACGGCCAGUUCGCCUUGACCAACGGGGACCCGCUGCACUGCCAUUCCUAUCUAUCGGGAUAUAUCUCACUGCUGCUGCGAGCGGAGCCCUACCCGACGUCGCGUUACGGCAGUCAGUGCAUGCAGCCGAACAACAUCAUGGGCAUCGAGAACAUUUGCGAACUGGCAGCGCGCAUGCUGUUCAGCGCCGUGGAGUGGGCCAGGAAUAUUCCCUUCUUCCCAGACCUACAGAUCACAGACCAGGUGGCUCUGCUCAGGCUCACCUGGAGCGAGUUGUUCGUGCUGAACGCGGCCCAGUGCUCAAUGCCACUGCAUGUAGCUCCUCUGCUAGCCGCCGCAGGCCUCCAUGCCUCCCCCAUGUCCGCGGACAGAGUGGUCGCCUUUAUGGACCACAUUAGGAUCUUCCAGGAGCAAGUGGAAAAGCUCAAAGCGUUGCACGUCGAUUCAGCCGAGUACAGCUGCUUAAAAGCCAUCGUGCUAUUUACCACGGAUGCUUGCGGUCUGUCAGACGUGGCCCACAUCGAAAGUUUGCAGGAGAAGUCACAGUGUGCUCUGGAGGAGUACGUGCGGAGCCAGUACCCUAACCAGCCUACGCGAUUUGGGAAGUUAUUACUACGUCUACCUUCUCUGCGCACAGUGUCCUCCUCGGUCAUAGAGCAAUUAUUUUUCGUCCGAUUGGUAGGUAAAACCCCAAUUGAAACCCUCAUCCGGGAUAUGUUGCUGUCGGGGAGCAGUUUUAACUGGCCUUACAUGUCCAUUCAAUAAGAAAAAUGAAGGAUUAAAAAGGGGGGCUUAGGACUCCAUUAGUUAGCGCUUCUUUUUUUGUAGAAGGAAACGGCUGUUACACGAGUUUACUUUCACGGAUGAGAGACGUUUUCAUACCAGACUGUGAAUUUUCCAAUUUUAGACAUUCAUUGAACUUUCUGGGAAAUGAAUCCCAAGUUGCUCCAAGUGUCACUCUUGU